UCCGGCUGAUGCAUAAAUUUUAAACUUUAAUAUCAGUGUGCAGAGUAAGGAGAGAUGAAGAACCCCGUCAUGAUUGUAGAAUUGAGGAAAUCAAGUCUGAUAUAUGCUGCAAACUUUUUCUAUCUUUCUUUCAUAUUUCAAGCGAAUUCGUUUUCGCUUCUGACAGGAAAUGACUCCAGUAGUAUUGAAACUCUUGGAAAUACUUCAUCAUCAAGAGAAGCCGAUAUUUUACGAAAAAUUCUGAACCAAGAAAGCCUUGUGCGGAUGUCUAUGGUACAAAGUCUUCAAGCUCUAAUGAUGGACGUGUUGACAUGCAAAACCAACUACGAUACAUUGAAAAAGGAAGUUGAAGACCUUCGGAGAGAAAACCAAAAGAUAAUCGAAAAGAACUCUGACCUGGACCAGAAAGUAACGAACUUAAGCAAGAUUGUUAAUCUGGACCGUUUUUCUUUGGAAAAAUUUGAGAAAGGACAACAAAGUAUCCUAGAGCAAAUAAGUGUGGUCGAGCAAAAUCACCGUGAAUUAGCUGGGAAAAUAAAUAGCACAUUGAGGUCUGUACAUGAAGAUAUUACAUCUUCAAGAGAACACCAGCGAAAUAUUACAAAGUCCUUAUCCAUCCUGAAGGAAUAUCAUGGGGUCGCAUUUUCGGCAUACAUGAGUUCAGCAAAAACCUACGGACAGGAUCAGACAUGGAUUUUUGAUUCUGUUUUGGUCAAUGAAGGCAAUCACUUCAACAGUGUAAGUGGAACAUUCACAUCGCCGUCUGCUGGUGCCUAUGUAUUUUCGUGGGCAACACUUACAAACCCAGGAAACGCAGCGCAUCCCUAUCUGCGAGUUAAUGGUGUGUACAAGGGCAAGACAGCUUUUAAUCAGAAAGGUUCGUCACAACAAAUCUGGAGCAGUGGUUCAAACUCUAUCGUGGUUUCCUUGGAAGAAGGGGAUCGAGUGAACAUUGCAUCAGGAUAUCUUGGAGCGUAUGCGAGGGAAGGAUUCUCCUCUUUCUCGGGAUGGAAACUGUAUUGAUGUGCAGGAUUCUAUUCAACGACAAGUUCAUACUUUGAACUUACUCUGUUGUGUUGUUUUUAGAUUAAAAAAAUGCAAAAAUGAGCAACCUGAUACAAUAUUGUUUAUAUAUUAUUGAUACUGUUGUGAAGACCUGCUUUAUUUGCUAUGAUGUUUACAAGACGGGUCAAUUUUUUCUGAGUAAUUAUAACUAUUUCACGGAGACGCAUGGGAAUUGAAUUUAUAUGUUAUAUAGAUAUCAGACAUAUUUCUUCUUUGUGUAACCGGAAGUAGAACUCUUUAAUGAAUAAAUUAACAAAGUUAC